AUGCGCGGCGGCCGGGGCGAGCGCGGCGCGGGCCCGCCCUUCCCCAGGCCGCCCGCGGUGGCCGUCCAGAAGCUGCAGAAGUGGAUGUACAAAGGGCGCCUGCUGUCCCUGGGAACGAGGGGUCGCGCCCGCGGGGCGGCCUCCAAAGCCGCCGGAGCGCCGGCGGCCUCGCCUAGCCUGGGCGCCCUGACGGUGCGUGAAGACCCGAGGAUCACGCUGACAGAUUUAUUUGAAAAUGUCUAUGAGUCUUCAAUGAAAAGAAGAGAACUUAAAGAUCUGAAGGAUAAUAUUGAAUUUAGAGAUCCUAAGCCACUUAACAGCAUCACUGUUUCAAAGAAACGCAAUUGGCUAUAUCAGAGUACUCUGAGAUCUCUUAAUCUGGAAGAAGAAAAUAAGAAAUGCCAAGGCGGAAAUCUGUCCAUCUCAUCCAGGUCUCUGCCUAAACACCGGCUAGCACGGUCUUUCCUCAGAUCAUCUGAGGAACACUGCACAUAUGUCGUGUGUAAUGCUGCCAACUCUUCAUUCUCAAGAAACUGUUCUUUAGAUUUUAAUGAAGAAAACGAUGCAGAUGAUGAAGGAGAAAUUUGGUACAACCCCAUUCCUGAAGAUGAUGAUCUUGGGAUCUCGAGUGCCUUAAGUUUUGGUGAAGCAAACUCUACUGUUCUCAAGCUUCCUGUUGUCAGUGUGAGUGUUUUGUCUGGCAGUGACCUGAUGAGAGCAGAGCCACAUCCUGAAGACGGGAUGGGCUCGUCUGAGCACACGGGUGAUCAUACCACGCGGUCAAAUGAAGCUGAUUCUGUAGAUGCCACCCUUUCCACAGAUUUUGUGCAGCAGUACAAGCAAAGGCCAGGACCCAGGACACAAGAAGGUAUAAUGGUGGACAAUAGCUCCAUGCUAAAAUCUCCUUUUGCAGGUUCUGGGAUCCUCUCUGCUACAAGUAGGACUGAAUUGGGAGUUAUAGAACCAUCUUCUCCAAGCCCUAGUCCUGUGAAAAAAGGCAGUUCAAUUAAUUGGUCUUUGCCAGAUAAAAUAAAAUCUCCACGAACUGUGAGGAAACUUUCCAUGAAAAUGAAAAGGUUGCCAGAAUUUAGCCGAAAGCUGAGUGUUAAGGGAACCUUGAAUUAUAUAAACAGUCCAGAUAAUAGCCCUUUGCCUAAAUGUAACUGUCAAGAAAUUCAUCAUACUGUUAUUCUGCCUUCUGGGAACACAACCACAGCUGCUAAGAGGAAUGUUAUAAGCCGGUACCAUCUUGAUACCAGUGUAUCUUCUCAGCACAGCUACCAGAAGAAAACCUCUGUGAGUUCUAAGUAUUCUUGCAAAGGUGGUUACCUCAGUGAUGGAGACUCACCUGAACUUAUAACUAAAGCUAACAAACAUGGAUCUGAAAACAAGUUUGGAAAAGGAAAAGAAAUCAUUUCGAAUAAUUGUAGCAAGAAUGAAAUAGACAUUGAUGCUUUUAGGCAUUAUAGCUUUUCUGAUCAACCUAAAUGUUCACAGUACAUCUCUGGACUCAUGAGUGUGCAUUUCUAUGGUGCUGAGGAUUUAAAACCACCCCGGAUAGAUUCAAAAGAUGUCUUUUGUGCAAUUCAGGUCGAUUCAGUAAACAAAGCAAGAACAGCUUUGCUCACAUGUCGGACAACAUUUUUAGACAUGGAUCACACUUUUAACAUAGAAAUUGAAAAUGCACAACAUUUGAAAUUAGUAGUAUUCAGUUGGGAACCCACGCCAAGAAAAAAUCGAGUUUGUUGUCAUGGAACUGUUGUUCUCCCCACCCUAUUCAGAGUGACAAAAACACAUCAGUUGGCUGUCAAACUUGAACCCAGAGGUCUUAUUUAUGUGAAAGUGACUCUUAUGGAACAGUGGGAGAACUCUCUUCAUGGACUAGAUACAAGUCGAGAACCAGUAAUAUUUGGAGUUGAUAUUCGAAAAGUUGUAGAGAAAGAAGAUACAGCACUGAUGGUGCCACUCCUGAUACAGAAAUGUAUUACGGAAAUUGAAAAGAGGGGCUGUCAGGUAGUAGGCCUGUAUCGAUUAUGUGGUUCGGCAGCAGUCAAGAAAGAACUUCGAGAGGCUUUUGAGAGGGAUAGCAAAGCUGUUGGUCUGUGUGAAAACCAGUACCCAGAUAUAAAUGUAAUAACAGGUGUUCUUAAGGAUUAUUUAAGAGAACUUCCUUCCCCUCUGAUAACAAAGCAGCUUUAUGAGGCUGUAUUAGAUGCAAUGGCAAGAAGUCCUUUGAAAAUGUCAUCAAGUGGUUGUGAGAAUGACUCCGGUGACUCUAAGUACACUGUUGACCUGCUGGAUUGUCUGCCUGAGAUUGAGAAGGCAACCCUAAAGAUGUUAUUGGAUCAUUUGAAAUUGGUGGCUUCUUAUCAUGAAGUGAAUAAGAUGACCUGCCAGAACUUGGCUGUGUGCUUUGGACCAGUAUUAUUAAGUCAGAAGCAAGAGACUUCCAGCCAUAACAACAGAGUCUUUACUGAUUCAGAAGAACUUGCAAGUGCUUUGGAUUUUAAAAAACAUAUUGAAGUUCUUCAUUACUUACUCCAACUCUGGCCAGUGCAACGUUUAACUCUCAAAGAAUCAACAGACGAUUUGUUUCCAGAGCAGAAGUCCUCUCUGAAUUACUUGAGGCGGAAGAAGGAACGGCCUUGCAUGUUAAAUUUGAGUGGUACUGAUUCAUCAGUACUGAGGCCAAGGCAAACCAGACUCGACAGUCCACUUAGUAAUCGUUACGCAGGAGACUGGAGCAGCUGUGGAGAAAACUACAUUUUAAAUACAAAAGAAAAUUUAAAUGAUGUGGAUUAUGAUGACGUCCCUUCAGAAGACAGAGAAAAUGGAGAAAAUUAUGGCAAAGUAGAUGGAUCAGAAGUAAUAAUUGAACAGCCAAUUCCUCUCUCUAAAGAGUGCACAUUUCAGACAUAUUUGACAAUGCAGACAAUUGAGUCUACAGUGGAUCGAAAAGUCAAUCUCAGAGAUCUACAAGAAAGUAUUGAUACUCUGAUUGGAAAUCUGGAGCGUGAGCUCAACAAAAACAAGCUUAAUAUGAGUAUUUGAGAUUUAGGACCUUUAUUUGGUUUUUCAUAAUGUCUUAAAGUUUCAAAUCCGUCUUCCUUUCUAAAUUUUU